AUGUCAAUUCUGUCGUUUGAAGAUUGUACGCAGAAUGUAAUAGAUUUUGAGACGGCAAAAAUCAGAGCAAGUAUCACGUUAGCAGACAGCGGUACAUUUAUGCACAGCCAACAAUCAGAGACAUUGAAACGUGGCGGCCCCGUCCGUCAUUUGGAGAAUAUUCAAAGACAUCACAUUCUGGCUAGGGAGAUGCCAUUCUACACACGAAAUGGGCAUGACUUCUCCUAUCACCCCCUGCAACAAGCAACGUGGUGUUUAGUUCUAGAUCCAAGCACAAAGACACCAUAUUUCGAGUCGCUUGCAGAGUGUCAGAAGAGGAUGAUAUCGGGAAAAAUACUGUAUGAAGACAGAGAUCUGGGACAGGGUAUUCACCCACGAGCAGAUAGAGAAUGGAUAUCCACACUGCUAUGGAGGGAAGAGUGGUCAAAAGAUGUUUAUGAACUGAAAAAUGUACUCCGUCGCAAGGUGAACGGAAAAAUGCAGAUCACGGUCCUCUUGUCACCUACCGACAAGGCGCGCGAGUUAUUACGCAAAAUCAGAAAGAAGCAUGAAUACAUGUGGGAUGGUCUCGUGCGGGCACCUCUUAAUGCAUUUCCACCGAAAUGGAAGAAUGAACUUCUACGUAGCAUAGAUAAGAGAAAAUAG